AUGACGUAGGCUCAGGCUGCAAAACACCGUCAGAUUGUUAUGGGCGUUAAACAAGAUAUAUUUCCACUUCAGUAAAAGUUGUUUUAACUGUGUUUUCUCCGACAAAAUGUCUUUCACCGCACUAGUUUGGUAUGUGUCAAGCAAUGCAUAUUCAUCCGCUUCUUCAUGAGUGUCAAGAGCACAUCAGUACCCGGAUGGACUGUCAUGGCCGCCGUCGCUGUGGAUCCAUAGAGAGGAGAGAAGGAAGGCAAAUGUUUUUCCUGUGUGUUUUUUACACAUUAACCUCCUUUUCAUAAUGUCGGACGUUGACGGGACGCCGCCUGAACUUCCAUCGAGUUCCUAGCACUGACCACCCUGCAGACUGCUCUUCCUCAGACACUCAUGUGUGAGUUUGUCCUAAAGGAGUACAGAUAUCUGUAGAUUUACAACUAUGGAAGAAGACCUCACAAUACUGACUGAUUCUGUGAAAAACUGCAACACAACAGGAGAUGAAAAAGAAAAGGUGAAGGACUUUGUGUUCAAGCAUUUCAGAGAAGUGGCAGAUGGGUCACUCUUCAAUAAUGCAGAGGAUUCUUCCGUUAAGGAACAUGGAAGUUCUACUAAGAAAGAGAAACAAAGUCUCAAAAAGGCCCAUUGUAAAACUCAGCAAGGUGCGGUCUUCUCUGGAAAGAUUCUGAGCUUCGGAUGCUCUGUGUGUAAAGAUGAUUCCACAUAUAGCCCCAAUGAUCUCCUUAAACAUUUCCGAGCGGCCCAUAAAGGAACCCUUCCUACGUACCCUUGUGACCUGUGUGCUUUUUCCACACACGAGUUCCCUGCUCUUCAACGCCAUCGGAUUGAGCACAGGAAUACUCUGGUUACAUGUGAACUCUGCAACAACGAUGUUCAGUACUCUUUGCUUUUGCUUACCAGACACUACAUCAUGUGCCACAGUCUAAACGGACAGUUUAACUGCGACUGGUGUGAGUUUACAACUGUGGAUGCAGGUACAUUCGUCCAGCACAUCCACCAUCAUAAUGAGAGUCCUUGGAAGUGUUCAAAAUGCAGACAUAUCAGCCUGAACGAAGAGGCUCACCAGAAGCAUAAUAAAGCUCACUCGUCUACAUUCCCCUUCACUUGUCAGAUCUGUGGAUAUGGUGCAUCAAGAAGCGAGCAUCUUAAACAUCACACAGCAGCUGUUCACAAAGACCAUGCUGAGAGACGGAAUGUAUGGACAGCUUUGGAAGACAGCGGCACUUCAGCAAAUUCAUCUGCGAGCUUGAAACAUUUGUUAAGAAAGAGUGGUGAAUCACAAGAGUCUCAGAGAAUAUCAAAACUAAACUGUCUUUUUGGAAGUCUACAAAACCAAAACGGCAGGCUAAUCAAACCGGAGAUAUCUUUUGAGGAGACCAACCACUUUGUGGAUGCAAAAAAGGAAAAAAAUGUGAUUCAUAAUAAAGAGCAGUCGAUGUCCGAGAUGUUACAGGAAUGUGACAACUCUCCAAGCUCUGAGGCUGCAAAUCUCGCCAAUUCCAAUGGACUGACUGUUCUGAUGGUUAAGAAUAAAAUCUCUCUUCCCCCCAACUGUACUACCAAAGUGAUGGGAUUCAAGAUGGUUGAUGGCAAAAAGCAUUUAGUUCUCAAAGUAAUACCAACAGCAAAGCAAGAUUUGUCCAUCCAGAACCACUCUCUGGUUGAAGAUGUUGGCUCAGCACCAAAUCCUGAGUCGGACAAAAGUAGAGUCUCUAAUGAGAAUGGAGAAUGCUCUAAUAGCAAGAACUUAACAUCACAUUGUUUAGCUCUUUCACCAAGAAGUGGGUCUUCUGAACAGAUGGAUCAGGACGACAUUAUGGCAGUUAAAGUAAAGAUUGAGGAGGAAGAAACCUCUGUUUGCAACAUUGAUUCCACACCCCCUAGAGCCGACGGAGAGGAGCAAACUAACCCUUUAACUAGUUGUUCUUCGACUUGUGCAGAUACGUUAUACCCAAUGACAGAUGAGUUCGAUCAUGCAGGCAAACAGAAUCACGUAAGUCAGAUAACCUGCUCAGAGAGAAGCAAGUUUGAUAAUAAUUCAGUCUCUACAACAUUGAAACCUGAUGCAACCUACCAUAGUAGUCCUCAAAUCAGUAAUACAUCACCAAUAUGCGCUAGGAAGAUCACUACUUUAUCUUCACCUUUAAAAGUUGCUCAGGAAAUAUCUUCUUUAAAACAAGUUUCCAAAGAAACUAUUGAGAAUUGUGGGGCUGCAGAUGAGUUAUUAAUGACUGAUUCAGAAGCAGAUAAACUCAAUGACGACCAAGAGAAAAACUCUUCCUUUAACGUGGUAGAAAAUAAUGAGCAAUAUUGUACUCCAGAGAAAACUGAUAGAGUUAAAACUCAGAUUAAACAUAACAACAGCAAGCAAAAUGUUAUGAAUAAUUGGACUGAUCCAGCAAGUCAAUCAGAGUCAGCCCAACCCAGUUCAGGAAGCUGCAAAGAAAGUGCCAUAGGUUCAGAAAAUUCAAACACUCAACACUCCCCAAACCAAGAAGUAUUUACAUUUCACAAUUAUUCCAAGGAAACAUUUGGCACUCCACCAAAAUCUACCCGAAACUUUGAGGAUAUUUCGGAACAUUCAGCAGACAAAGAAAAUAUGUGUGAAACAUCACAGUUUAGAUUGACAUUGGCCGAGUCUCCAGAACCAGAGGAGGACUUAGAGGUGCGAGAUUGUGACAGUGAUGAGGGCACAGGUAGUGUUGAGGAUCCGUCCACUGAGGGAGAAAAUCCUGAUUCAGUGUUCCAGGACUUUAAUAUUAUCAAAAUAGAGGAGGAGAGCAUUCCUAUAUCUGACAAUCAGUCAGAAACAAAGAGUAGUUCAACUGGCAUGGGCAACUUUGUGGAGGAACAUUCAGAUGCAAUAAUUUCUCAACAACUAAAUAAGGAAAGAGUUGGAUCCUCUUGUAAUGAUUCUCUAAAACAAACAAAAACAGCUCUUCGAAUUCUUCAGGUGCCAGAGGGUAAGCAGUCAGUGCUCCUGAGAACUACUGAGAAUCAAUUUGCCAUGCCCGUCCAAGUCAAGGCAACUCCAGGUUUCAAACUGAUAACAAAUUCUGCAAGCCCUCAGAUCAACGUAUCUUAUAUGAAGCCAGGGUUUGAAAACGGCAGGAGGGUAGGUGCAUCAGCACCAAAGGCAGGAGCUUCUGAAAAAGGGACAGCACUUCUCUCUGCUGUUCAACCAGGUGUUGGCACCACCUCAAAUCACUACCUUAUCAACAGCCAAGGGGUAAAGGGCCCUGUACUCUUUUCAAGCACACCACAUACUUCACCUACAGACAAAACAGCAAAGACACAGCCAACUUGCUACCUGGUACAGAGGUCUGUUCCAUUUGGUCAGACCCCCAGUGCGUCUGGCCUCAAACUGUCCAGUACACAACUCCCACUGAACUCAAGGCCCGUUCUGGCCAUGCCUGUGAGCGCUAAAGAUAAAGCCAGCACUUUGCAAAUGGGGCGCCAGGCAUUCUUGCUCCGCUACAUUUCUCCACCCAAAUCAGGCUUACGGUUGAAUAACCAAGAGACAAAGACCGGGACACAGUGCAGCCAAACCAGUGAAAGUGCUGGAAACAAAGUCAUAUAUAAAAUUGUCAGUCCUACAGGAAGCCUUCUCACAAGUGGUGCUCCCACCUCAAGCAAUCAACCUUUGUUUUUGGCCACCAGACCCCAGACCCAGUGUUUUCUGGUGUCCUCAAACAAAACAAAUGCAAAUUCCUCCAAUGGAGUAAAAAAAUUAAUCCCAGUACACAAUACAGCACAGAUAGAUGUCAAUGAAUCAUGUGUCUCCCCCUCUCGGAUGAAUGUAAAGCUUCAACUGUGUGACGCGGAGAAACCUGUCCUAGCCCCAAGGCCAAUUCGGCCCCCAAGCCAAAGGAAAAGGCGCAGGAAAACAUUGUUCGACGAGCUACCAGCUACAGUUCAUAAAGCUAGAAGACUCUCGAAUAAAGGACUGCCUGAGAAAGAGACUACUGUGUUAUGGAAGCCUAUAGCCAAAGACGUAGAAAGGACACUGAGGCUUGCCCCUUUCAGUUCUCUCCAGCAGAUCAAAUGCCCUCGUAGAUUCCAACCUGUUGUGGUGCUCAAUCAUCCAGAUGCUGACAUUCCUGAGGUGGCCAAUAUUAUGAAGGUGGUUAACAGGAACAAAGGUGCUGUCACUAAGGUCUCUCUGUCUCAGAAGACAAUCCAAGCGAUAUCUGAGCAAGGAACUCUAAGGAAGAGUUCCUCGACCAAAGGUGCAUCGUCUCAUAGCGACGAUACAAGACCCCGGCCAGUUCUGAGUUCUGUCAGAGAGCGGUUCCUCCUGAAAAUGAAGUUGAGGAAAAAGAGCAAAAAGAAGUAUGAGGUAGUUGACCCUCGACCAUGUUGUAGACAAGAGUCUGUUGUGUUUGACUGCUGGUUUUGUGGUCGGCUCUUUAACAGACAAGAAGAUUGGAUUGGCCACGGCCAGCGACACCUCAUGGAGGCAACUAGAGACUGGAAUAAACUGUUCUGAAAAUGUCCAAUCACCCCUGAGUGGAAUUAUGUUCUCUUUUUCUGAGGUGAAACAAAUGGUUCAAGUUGUAUAUUUUUAAUGACCUUCCACACUAUUUUUGUUGAAUUUUUUUGUUUCUGUAAAUACAUACUCUGAAGUAAAUCAUAGUUUAUCUUUUAAUAGGUGCAUUUUCUAGUAAAUGAUGUACUGUAAGCACGAUUUAUAUCAUGCAUGCACAGGUCACAUUGAACUGUGAAAAUGGUACACUGUAAUUGGGAGUUGUGGUAAGAUCACUGGUUCGAUGAAAGGGGACAGGAGUAUUCACAGCUGGAUUGAAUUGCUCAGGUGAUUUCAUAUUAAUCUGUUUUGUUUUUUAUGCUCAUACAUUUAAGUAAGCUGAUGCCUAGUUUAAGGGACUGUAGUAUCUUCUUUGCUUAACUUUAAAGCUUGUAGAAAAACACCUUUGUUAAAUGCUUGUCAUGGAAGAAUGUUCUGGUCCAAUUUAUUACAUUUUGUAUGAUGUUUUAUUCAAAAGGAUUUCAUUUUUACUCUAUUCUGUCGUCAGGGGUAGUUUACUGUUUCCUUGUGUCAACCUGUAGCAAAUGCUUGUCAUAACUAGAGCAGAGAUUUUCCUGAGUAAUCUUUUAAGUCUGCCGUCAGGGUUGGUUUAAUAAAAUACCUUUGCAGAGCCAUAGUUAAACUAUUUUCAGUCCAAAACCCACAGAUACUAAGUUUAUUAUCACAUCAAACGAGUUAAAGGAGCAAAUCAUUUUAGUUGAAAAGCCAGAUUCAUGCAAUUUAUAGCAUCUUUGUUUGGAAAGCUGACUGACUGAACGUUAACGAACAUUUUUCUGUUGUUUGACUAAUUGCUUCACCUGUUGGUCAAACAUAUUACGUUUGAAUUCUUAAUUUAAAGCCGGUGUUAAAACAAUGGCUUAGUAAUAAUGAUAUAACAAAUCUCCAAUGCUUUUUGUUGCAUUAUUUAUUUUGUUUAAAAUACGGUUAAUCAACCACAACACUUCAUGGAAGUCUGUUACCACACCUGUAUAGGCCUCAAUAAAGUCAAACAGGUUUCUGAGGAUCAGAUCAGAUGGUGGUAUUAAGGUGUGAUGGGAUUGCUGGAUUUCCCCAGAAAUCACAACAGUUUUUACUUUACCGGAAAAGAUUAGGGUGUGUACAAAAUGUGAAAUGGCUUGCACGCUAUUGAGCCCCCAGAAACCUCAAAAUAAAGACACAAAAAAAUGACUUUUCAUACAUGUUUUGAAAACUCCAUUUGGUUCAGUGAAACACAUUUCUUGUUUGUAUCAAAUACUUUGAGAACAGAUUUUUUCAAUUGAAUUUAUUUCUUUGAUAAAGAGUGCCGAUUCAACAGACAUUUCAAACAUUUUUCACAUUUCCUGGUUUUUGCAUUCUGUUGGAAAACAUGCACUACUACCCCUCUUUAGUUAGAACUGAAUUCAAAGUUACUGUCACAUUUGUUUUAAAACUGUAAUAAGUUCUGCUUCAGUAGGAGCCCUGGACUCUGCAUUGACUCAGCUGUUCUUGCAUUAAUACUGUUUACUAGCAUCAUCAAGGCCAAUAUCUGUGGAAUUCAUGUUGUAUUCCAUUUAAUAUGCAAGUGAUUGAACAAUGUAAGCCAUACUGAUGUUUUGAUACGUUCACAAUGCUUGUCAGGAGACGUCUAAAUCACUGAAGCUCUGACCUCAGCAGGCCCUGCAUUUGACCAGCAUUUACUAAAUGUUCCUCUUUAACCUCGCUUCAAUCAACACACAUUUAUUCCCCAUUAGGUCCAAUCCCUGAAAUCAUUUCCUGAACACUCUUACACAUGUAACAUGGUUAGUAUCUACAUUCCACUCAUAUUUGUGACUGACUAAUGGAACCAAACAAGCAUAGAUGGGGAGUUCUCCUUUGUAAGUUAAACAUUCUGGAAAAUAUGUUUACUUAGUGAGAUGAAAAGAUUGACAUGUCUGUGCGAGCUGGAGUUAGCUUAGUUAGCCUAGCUUAGAAUAACGACGAGAAGAAGGGGUAUAGCAUAGCCCUGUCCAAAGUCUGAAAUACUCCUACCAACAACCCUUUUAGAUGCUGUUCAUUAAGUCUGUUUUACGGGGAGUUGGGACUAUUUCUUAUCGAACACCAGUGUAUCCCUCCACCCAAUACUUCUGUGAAGUGUCCCUGGCUGCAGCGUGUGUUUUUAGAUAUGCUAAGUACAGACACUUGAACACAGUGAUUGAAGUUCCAUCUGUUCAUUUUCUAAAGACACUAGCAUCAUUCAACAUUGUUUUUCAAGUUGUCCCGUAUCCCUACAUAUUCAUUUGGCUGAUAUUUCUUUCUUCAAACUGGUUAGGAUUUUAAAGUAUUGCUAACAGAUCCAAAUAUUAAUACAUUAAGUCAAUGCAUAAAUGUACGUUAAUUCCAAAUUCAAACAAUAACGUAUUUACUUUUUUAUUUUGUAAUUUACACCCAAUACAGUUUGAGAUGAUCACAGCCAAAUGGAUGCUAACACCAAAUAACACUGGCUUUUAUUUCAGUUUGUUUCAGAGUUUCAUGUUUCUGAUGGAAGUGCUCACAGUCUUAUCUGCUUCUGCUUCACCGCUCUCAGGCCAAAGAACAGUUUGGUGGUAUCUUAACAUUUAUAAAAUGUGUUUCGACAGGAUUUCUAACAUGAUUCUGAUCUGUGACAACUACAAACCACUCAUUAUAUGGGAUACACUACUACAUCAGCUUGUUUUGUCCGUUGUAUGAGCCUACAUUGAAUUGAUAUUUGAAAUUUGUCUCGAGUUUGUACAUAAACACAACUUCAUCAUGAACAGUACACUGCUUAUGUCCACAUCUGUCCCCAGUCUUUCCUCAUGCAAAGUGCCUCGAAUGUCCUUUAGCAGGUUGACAAUGUGUACUGUAUUCUUUUGUUCAACUUAGUGGUUCACUCUCCUUUUAAUAAAUGUACAUACCUUAUGGA